AUGAAGAAGGGGAAUGUGAAGUCUUUUAAUCCCAUCGCAGGUAGCAGUUCGAGCUUUGGCAACCAACAAUGGAAGCGGCGACCUGAAAAGACAGCUCCGCCAUCGAAGCAUCAGAAGACAUCCCAGUUUCCUUAUGCUCAAGAAAGAGAGAAUCUUUUUAACAGUAGUGCUAUGGUGGAAGUUGUCAUAGUUGCUAUGGGUACAGCAACCGAAAGCCGUGCUAAGUGUCGAGUUGCUCAAAGGAAAAUAAGCAACCUUGUCCAGGUGACAUCCAUCUCUUCUACUGCUAUGCCAACUCCAAAAAAUAAAUUGCUAUUAAGUUCCUUGAAGAAUAUACCCACUAUUUCUAUGGUUCUGUCGAGAUGUUCUUUGGAUAAUGCAAAGCCUACAAUUAGGAAACAUGAUAGAAGGGAAUAUAGCAAUUGGAGUUGGUCACAAUCAUCACUGAGGGAGAAAUCUAAUUGUAAAUCAAAGAAACCAAAAAUGUUGCAGGCGUGGCGAAAAGUGAUACCCGAUUUGCCUAUGGAAAUAGAUGCUACUAAUGGCACUAUAAGAAUGGAUAGGAAUGGUGUUGAGCCUACGAUGUCCAGCUCCCCCAUAUCAGAGGGCACACUCGAACCUCAAAGAGGAGUGAAAUCAGUCUAUCAUUAG